AAGACAUUGUCAGCAACCGCGACACUCGUUUCAUGUCGGCGUUUUGGACUGCUCUCAUGCAGGAGUCCGGCACAACAAUGAAACCGAGUUCGGCUCGACAUCCUCAGACAGACGGGCAGACGGAGCGGGCACAUCAAACCGCUCAAAUGAUGCUUCGUACGCUCAUCCGUCCGGACCAGAAAGAUUGGGUUGACCGCCUCCCCAACAUCGAGUUCGGCUACAACACUUCGGUGCAUCCGGUGAUCGGUGUGACUCCAUUCGAGUUGCACCACGGUGGAUGGAAAGGCCGGAUCUUCGCCGACCUUCUCCUCCCUCGACCAGCCGACAUUGACGCUGCCUACUCUCCCGCUUCCGCCCGGAAGUACAGGGAAUUGCUGACUCAAGCCCGCGCAAAUAUGCAAAAGGCUCAAGUCCGCAUGCAGCAACAAGCCAACAGGCGUCGCGUACCAUGUCCCAUCCGCGCCGGCGAUCUGGUUUGGGUCUCCACGGAAGAGUUUGCACUGGAACAUGAUGUUUCACGCAAACUGCUUCCCAAGUGGUUUGGACCUUGGUCUGUAACAGCAGCCGCGGGCGAUGAGCCCGAUGGCCCUUCAUUUGUGAUCAACAUUCCAGAGCAUCUGACGGUCCAUGCGGUCUUCCACGCCUCGAAGCUGGCAACAUACACGCCAGCCAAGAGCGACGACUUUCCGGACCGACGAUCGCAGGACCCUCCUUCAAGCCGCGGCAGGACCCUCGAAGAUGGCCAUCAGGAAGUUGACCGCGUCAUCUCCGAUCGCAAGUACGGCAGCAAGCCGCGGCAGUACAAAGUCACAUUCAAAGCAUGCGAUCGCGACGACACUCGUUGGAUUUCGGGCGCAGAUUUGAAAGCAUCCGCACCGCUGAUCUACGCGCAUUAUCAAAAGCGGAGGUUAGCUCAGGAAGCUUCACGACCAGCCCCUCCCACCCGGACUGUGGUCCCUCCCUCAGACAGGCAGCUUCGCCCUCGCAUGUAAGCUCGGUUCUUCAAGGAGGGGGGGGUGUGACAUACUGCGUAGCCACACGG